UUGAGCUAGCUGGUUUGGGUGCUGGGAGUGGCGUGGGGAAGGAUGAGAGGAGCUCCUGGCAGUGGUGCGAGCACACGGAGGAUGCAGCAGCACAGGGCCCCGAGGCCCACGGCCGUGCGGAGGCUGCUUGCGGUGCUGAGGUUCGGUGUCGGAGCUGGGAGUGGCAUGCCCGAUCUGAAGUGCUGUCCUCCCGCCGCUUCUUGAACUCACAGAAGCCUGCCCAGCAAUUUUCCAGCGAAAUGCAGAUUCCUUUAGAUACUGCCCAUGUGUUGGUGGACAAGCAGGAGAUGAAAUAACAGAGCUGUAGGAGUGCUCCUUUUGGCUCGUACUUCAGUGUUUUUCUGUCCUUUCCCUUCUGCACUCCCAGGCUGCUGCUGAGGACAGACUAUUUACAGCCACCUCCGCAGGUCUUCCCAGGUGCUCUGUGAAAACAUCUUGUUCCUUCAAGCUGUUUCACAGUUCUUAGUAUCAUGUUUGGAUGCUCCGAAUAAUUUCUCAAUACAUACCUGACCUUUACCAGACACAGCAUCACAACUAUGCUGCGUUUGUCAGACCAGGUACAGGACAGUGUUGUCUCCAAACCCAAGGGCAGGCUCUGCAGCACCACCAGUUCCCACAUGGAGUUUCUACAGUUCUGCUUGCCAUGACCUUCUGGGCCACCAGGGAAAUGCAACAGGGUCCUGCCAGCCUCAUGCAAUGAUCAAUCACUUGCCAGGACUCGCACCAGCCUUCCCGCAACACUGAUUUGCUGCUUGGGACCCUGACCACUUCUGAUUCCUCACUGUGCUGCUUUCAGGGUGGGAUUAAUGUCCAGUUUGGGACACUGAGCAGAGCCAAGCCUGUCACCAUCCUCUGUGCCCUUGGCAGACUGGGGGAACCAAGCUGGACUUCUCUCUUUAAAGAGGCUCCACGUGAACAAGGGACAGGCUUGGAGCUGUCCAUAUUCAUUCUGGUGGGAAGAGCCACCUCCUUCACCCUUUCCACCUGGGAACCAUGUCACUGCUGGGGAUGGCAUCACAUGGAUGCAGGGCAAGGGCCGGCAGCCUGGCAGCAAGGCACUAGCUGAGCCUGAGUACCGUCACAGGGUACAGAGCUGUGUGGGGGUGGUACCAGCAUCCCCACCACAGCUGCACUCCAGGGAUGUAGGUCCUGGGCACAGGAGGGGUCCUGGCAGCAAUGGGCCGGCUAGAUGACCAUGCCAAGAGGAGGAUCGUGGAGCUGCGCAGGGCUGGGCUGAGCUUCCGCAAGAUCAAGAAGGUGCUGGAGCUGGAUGACAUCCGGGUAACGCCGCAGGCCGUGUACCUUUUCCUCAAGAGGAAGAACAUGGAGCCAGGGUCAGCGACAGCUGGCUGGGCUGGGGACCAGCCCUGGCCCCUGCUGCAGGAGCAUGAGGCUGAGCCCCCCAGGCUGCUGGACACCCGGUACCCUGCACUGCCCACCGAGGAUCCUAUGGGCAGCCGGGCGCCCUGUUCUGCUGAUAGCCAGGACACCAAGGAGGGCAUCCAGACUGUUGGUGUGGCCUCGCUCUGCAAGGACGGUAGGCAGCUUGGGGACACUCUGCCUGUGGGGCUGGCCCUUGGGAAUGGUGAUGACAGCUCCACAGGCACAGCUCUGGCUCCAGAGACUGCUCAUGGGGGCCUGGCUGCUCUGCUCCAGCCACUGCCCAGCCAGGGCCAGCUGGUCACACCUGCCACCCAGACCUCAGCCCUGAUGGUGAAAAAUAAGACUGUGGACAGGGCUAUCCUCCUGCAGAAAAAGGUCAAAGAUGCCAGCACUCAGACUGCCUUGCCACACCCUGUGGGUCCAGGAAAUCACAGCCUUGCUUGGGGUGGACCAGUGCCCUGCACUGCUCCCAGCUGCCCCACCAUUGCCGAGAAGCUGGAUGCUGUACAAAUGGAGGUGCAGAAGCUGAGCCAGGCCCUGCACGCAGUGCUCGAGCGACAGUGCCACCUGGAACGCCAGCAGGAGCACCAGCAGCGGCUGCAGCAGGAGGUGCUGAUGACACUGCAGCAGCUCAGCUCCACUGUAAGCCACAGCGCUGUGCCAGCCACCCAACCCUGUGGCCCCUUCAGCAGCAUGGCUGAGCCCUCACCCACCAUGGCAAACUUCAGCCAGUUCAAGAUGGAGCUGAUCUGAGCUCCUGCAAGGCCUGCGUGUGCCAGCAGUGUUGUGCUAAUGGCAGGAUGGGGCUGGUAGGGAAAACCAUCUCUCAGAGGCUGCCCAAGGAUUACAUGCAGCACCCAGCAGAUAAAGUCCCUUGUGCCUCCUGUUCCCAGCCCUGAUGACUGGAAGAGGCUGCCUGGCACAAGAGGCUGGACAGUGGAAGGCUGAGGCCUUGCUCCUUCUGUGCUGCUCAUCCUGGCUGGCACUAGAGCUGGCUGGGGCCUAUGGACCUCAGCAGAAGGCAGUUGCCUGCAAGGAGAAGAUGCAGCUAAGAUGGGCACAGCAGGGAGGUGGGACUCCAAGAAUACAGGAGCCUUCCUUCUCAUGAGGGUCAAUGCCAUGAUGAUCAAUCUUGCCCUGCCCUCCACAGAACCUUGUUCAGUAAAAAAUCUGUCUACACCACAGUUCAGAACCAGUGUGGUAUCAGUAUCUGUGUUUUCCCUGCCCGUCACCCAGCCAGUGGGCAGGCUGGAUCUGUCUGGGUCACUAUCACCAUGUAUGGAACUGCACAGGGUGCAGAAAUCCAUGAGGUGAGACCAGUGCUCCACACCUGAUGUUGUUGGAGCCUGGUAUCAGCCACUGCUCCAUUAGGGAUAGAUUAGACUGUGCAGGAAAUAAUCUUUUAAUGGGCAGAUUCCACCUUUCUCAUUCCACAAACUCAGCAGACCUGGAAUCUGGUACUGCUGCUGCCCACUGUCUGGCAAGAUACGGGCAGCGCCAUACCAGUAAGAGUUGCAUGUGGUCAGGAACUGAUUAAUUGAGUGUUCAGUUCUCGUCUAAACCAUUUUCCUGGGCAGAACACCCUCCGGAUUGUGAUCCCCAGUUGCAAGGGUUGUCCCUCGAGCAGGCCGCUGGUGGUGCAGAGCUGCUCUAGCAGAGCAGAGCAUGAUGCUGAGAACCCCCUUGCCUGGACCAGAAGGGCACAGGGAAGGCUGAUGGGCCCUCACUGAGCAAUGGAGUCCAGAAGGACCAGAGACUGGCCUUGCAUGCCAGGAAGAAAGGUCUGAUGGGGGUGGCCUUGAUGCCUUAGGGCUGGGUUUUUUCUGUUUUGUCUGAUAGCACUGAGUGGUGCUAGGAUCUUCACGGUGUGAUGGGGGUAGGGCGGCCUUUUUCAAGGACAUUGUCUCUAAGCUCCAGGCCUGAGUAUAAACAACCUGGAAGAGAAGGGCAAGUCGAGAGGGGGCUGUUUGUUGAUUCGGGGUUAUUGAUUGGACGGUACCUUGCUAUAUGCAAAUGAAUGGAAACUUGUAAAAGGGGUAAGAUCUGGGGACAAGCCCCUUUUUUCGUCUUCAUCUUGGGAAUAUUCGGGUUGGGCCACCUCUGUGGGUAUGGAGACGCAAGGGCAUGGGCUUGAAUAAACACUCAUUUUGUUCCUUUCA